AUGUUGUACGCCUUCUCCUUGAUUGCUGUUAAGUUUUCCUUUUCUGACAAUAUCAUAACAACAUCAGGAGAAGGUGAAAUUAGUCAAUGGGAUCUUAAACAAUAUGAUACAAAUACAAUUCAGCAAAUUAUUACCACAAACGGGAUUACUAAAAUAAACGCAUUAGCAUUUUUAGAAUUUCGCUAUCUUGUUAAACUUCAUUUAUCAAAAACAAUUACAUAUUUCGCAGGAAAUGCAAUAAGAUUGUGUUCUCGAUUUAGGACUCUAACAAUAGAUCCCGAAAAUACUGCAUAUAUACUUGAUGCAUAUGGUAGCCUAUUAACAUAUGAUGGCACCUUUCUUGUAUAUGUCAAUAGAACGCUUAAUUAUUAUGAAAUACCAUCUACAGUUAAGAUUAUUGGAUCACAUAGUUUCCAUCAAAUGACUAGGAUGUCAUAUCUUAAGAUUCCACAUAAUGUUUCAAGAGCUGAAAAAGGUCCAUUUUACACUGCUAAGAUGAAAACGGUUGAAUUUGCAGAAGACUCACUGUGUGAAGCAAUUACAGAUAAUAUGUUCGCAUAUUUCGUGUUUGUGAACAUAUUUAUUCCGAAAUUAGUCAAAUUGAUUGAAUCAAAUGCAUUUUACAGCGCAAGAUCGCUUCAAAAUAUCACAUUUGCAAAAGAUUCAGCAUUAGAAACAAUAGUAGCAAAUGCAUUUUCCCUAACAAAUAUAUUAACAAUUACAUUACCAGCAAAUGUCAAUCUUUCUCAAGACGCGUUCAAUUUUUCACCAAAUCUAGCAUCGGUAUGCAUAACCAACGACAACACAACUCUGCAGAUAGGCUGCUUCAACGGAUGUCCCAAUCUCCAAACUAUUUCUAUCGAAGGCGCAACGAAAUACAUAUUUUCAGACGGAAUUCUGAUAAAUGCAUUGGAUAAAACUUGCUUUUUUAUUUUAUCUAAUAGAAAAUCUGUUCAUUUCAAAAGUGAUAUGAUUCUAAGUUAUCAAUUGGUUCAAAUUUGCCCAAAUUUGACAUCUGUCACUUUUGACGAUAAUUCAUAUUUAACAUCCAUUGAUGGAGUGAUUUACACUCGCGAUUUAUCAACUGUAUUUGCUAUUUGCGGAGGGUUAAGAGAGGUAAACAUCUCAGAAACAGUGAAAAUAAUCGGAAAAAUGAGUUUUGCGGGUUGUCAAAAUUUACAAAAAGUGACAUUCAAUUCUGACAUUGAAUUGAUAGAUGAUAAUGCCUUUCAGAACUGUAAUAUCCCAGAAUUACAUUUCAAGAAAGUGGAAACUGUUAUGGAGAACAGUUUUUUGAGCUGCACUGCAACAGUCAUUGAUUUCGAGGAAGGACCAAAUGCAAUUUCUAAGUAUUCAUUCAGGGAGAUCAAUGCAAGAGAAUUUGUGUUUAAAAACUUAAAGUCAAUCAAAACACAAGCAUUCUAUUCUUCCUACGUCCAAACAAUUACUUUUGAUGAAUCGUGCACAGUUUCUAAUUUGGAAAACAACGCGUUCAUGAUCUGCAAAUCUUUGGAAAACGUGACAUUUUGCUCAUCAAUCAGAAAAAUUGAUUUCAGAUGCUUUAUUGAAUGCAACAGUUUGAUUAACAUUGUAUUCCCUAGCAAUUCAAGUUUGGAAUCAAUUGGUGUAGACGCUUUCAAAAGUUGUAAUCUAAUAUCGUUUUGCCACCAAAUUUGA